GGCACAAAGUUGUGGAUAAUAAUGGAAUAUUUAGGUGGUGGAUCGGCCCUGGAUUUGCUCCGUGCUGGGCCCUUUGACGAAUUCCAGAUCGCUACGAUGCUCAAGGAGAUCCUGAAGGGGUUGGACUACCUGCACUCGGAGAAGAAAAUCCACAGAGACAUCAAAGCUGCCAACGUGUUGCUGUCUGAACAAGGAGAUGUGAAGCUUGCAGAUUUUGGGGUUGCUGGACAACUGACCGAUACUCAAAUUAAGAGGAACACCUUCGUAGGGACACCUUUCUGGAUGGCCCCCGAAGUCAUACAGCAGUCGGCCUACGACUCAAAAGCUGAUAUCUGGUCUCUUGGGAUCACCGCCAUUGAACUCGCCAAAGGAGAACCUCCGAAUUCCGACAUGCACCCGAUGAGAGUCCUUUUCCUCAUCCCUAAAAACAAUCCCCCGACCCUCGCUGGGGAAUUCAGCAAACCCUUCAAAGAGUUUAUCGACGCCUGUCUGAACAAGGACCCGACGUUUGUGAGUGUGUUUUUGGCUAUUCCCUGGCCCCUGCGUCCAGGUGGCGGGGUGGGGAGGUUCCAUCUUGGCGGGGAUCUUCUUCUUGGGGGCUAAAUGUAUCACGAUGCGUCGUCAUGAUUUCGAAGGCUGCCGUCUUCUCUGCACACAAAACGCAGCCGGAUAAACCUUUCAAGCAUUUUGUUGUGUUUUUUUCUGUGGCUUGGCUGAGGAUUGUUUCGAGCCGCACAGGAUGUUUGGAGCACGCCGAAGAGUGAAUCAGAUGAAUUGGUUGGAGCUUAAUUCUGAGUCAGAUUCCAGAUGAGACGUGUAAUGAAAGUUUCACAAGGGAGUGUGGUUGGAUUGGCAAAAUUCCCGUCUCUCUCGGGAGUUAAUGGCGGGGGACGGUUGUGGCAGACGCUUAGAAAACAUCUGUUGACCCAUGGAGGCCGGCGAAAGAACAUUAAAACGUUUAGUCUAAUCGUUGCUCUUGGCGAAGUUACUGUUCGGGCCAAUGAAGGUUUGGGUCAUUGCUCUGGAGUCCACGAAGAGUAGAUUUGUUUAGAUCUCUGCGGAUUCACUGUUAGGAUCCCAACUUCCAGAAUGGUGGUUAGCAUCAAGGUUUUAAUUUUUUUUUAUUUAAAAAAGCAGAUUUUUAAUUGUUUUUCCCCCCUCUACAACAUCUUAUAAUCAUC